GUGAACUUUCAACUUUGCGAGAAGCCAUGGCGUCCCCUCCUUGAAUUUGCUUCUGCUUGCAAGCUGCUUCUGGCGAGGGCGAUGCUGGCUUGAAGUUGGGGCAGUGAAAGAGACGAAAGAGACGCGCAUCUGCAGACGAGGGGGAAAUUCGGCCGUUUCGAGGAUCAGAAGAAGGUCACACAUCGCCAUGUCGUCACUGAGCAGGGAGCUCGUGUUCCUCAUCCUGCAAUUCCUGGACGAGGAGAAGUUUAAGGAGACAGUGCACAAGUUGGAGCAGGAGUCUGGCUUCUACUUCAACAUGCGCUAUUUCGAGGAGGCAGUCGUGGCGGGCGAAUGGGAUGAUGUCGAGCGGUACCUCUCGGGCUUCACCAAGGUCGACGACAACCGCUACUCCAUGAAGAUCUUUUUUGAGAUCCGGAAGCAGAAGUACCUUGAGGCACUUGACAGGCAAGACCGUGCCAAGGCCGUCGAGAUCCUGGUGAAGGACCUUAAGGUGUUUGCCUCUUUCAACGAUGAGCUCUACAAGGAGAUUACCAGCCUCCUCACAUUGGACAAUUUCAGAGACAACGAGCAGCUGUCCAAGUACGGAGACACCAAGUCCGCCCGCAACAUCAUGCUCCUCGAGCUGCGCAAGCUUAUCGAGGCCAACCCGCUGUUCCGCGACAAGCUCAGCUUCCCGGCACUGAAGCUCUCGCGCCUCCGGACACUCAUCAACCAGAGUCUCAACUGGCAGCACCAGCUGUGCAAGAACCCGCGCCCAAACCCCGACAUCAAGACGCUGUUUGUGGACCACACGUGUGGCCCGGUGGCCACUAACGGCAUGCCACGUGUCCCCCUCGCGUCGGGCGCGAAUGCAAAUGCAGUGGGCCCAAAAGCGGGGACAACGUUCCAGCUGGGAGGCCAUGCGGCAUUCCAGCCGUCUGCAAGCGUAGCAGGCCCCACGGCAGGUCUGGCCAGCUGGAUGGGGCCAAACGCAGCAACACCCAUUCCGCCAGCGGCCGCGCCGCCAGUCACGAGCAAGCGGCCGCGGAGCCCCAUCGGGUUGCCCGACAGCUACGAAGAGGGCAUCAAGCGGCUGAAGGACUACCACGAGACGGCCACCGCCGCCGCGACGCCAACUCUGCCCUCCCCCAACCUGGACGAUCUGCCGCGUAACGUCAUCCGUACGCUGCACCAGGGGUCAACCGUCACCACGAUGGACUUCCACCCCUUCCAGCACUCCACACUGCUAGUGGGCACCAACACGGGUGACGUGGCGGUGUGGGACCUGCGGCAGAGCGAGAAGAAGGUGGAGAUGCGCUUCAAGUCGCAGAUCGUGCACGACACCAGCAUCGCCAUCAACCGCGCCGUGUGGUCGCCCGAGGGGCGCCUCAUCGGGGCCGCGUUCUCGAAGCGGGUCGUCCACGUGUUCAGCUACAACCCGACCGUCAUGGAGGUUGCGCUUCACCUCGAGAUCGACGCCCACAACGGCGGUGUGAACGACAUCGCGUUUGCGAGCCCGAAGCAGUUGUGCGUGAUCACGUGCGGGGACGACCACACGAUCAAGAUCUGGGACGCCAGCAGCGGGCGCAAGCAGUACACGUUCGAGGGGCACGAGGCGCCCGUCUAUUCCGUGUGCCCGCACCACAAGGAGAACAUCCAGUUCAUCUUCUCGACGGCGAUCGACGGGCGCAUUAAGGCGUGGCUGUACGACCACUUGGGCUCGCGCGUUGACUACGUGGCGCCCGGCAAUUGGUGCACGACCAUGGCUUACAGUGCGGACGGCAACCGGCUCUUCUCGUGCGGUACCAGCAAGGACGGCGAGACGAGUCUCGUCGAGUGGAACGAGAGCGAGGGGGCAAUUCGGCGUGCGUACAAGGGCUUCAGGCGUGGCGGCCCGAGCGGCAUGCACGGCGUGCAUCAGGUGGUCCAGUUCGACACGACCAAGAAUCGCUUCUUGGCUGCCGGAGACGACGGCUACAUCAAGUUCUGGGACAUGGACAAUACCGAGAUCCUCACGCAGGUCGACGCAGACGGGAGCCUCCCGCUGAGCCCACGCGUGCGCUUCAACAAGCUGGGCAAUCUGCUGGCGGUGAACGCCGACAACAACUACUUCAAGGUUCUGGCUACGAAGGACGGGAUGGCCCUCCUGCGCGACUUUGACGUGCGCAAGGGCACCCCCCCGCAGCUGGGCGCAGCCAAGAGCGAGGCGAUGACAUCAGCGGUGACGUCGUCCAAGCCGAGCACCCCCGCAGCAGCCCCCCCCUCUUCCGAGCCGACCCCCCCUCCCACGAGCAGCAACGUCCCGCGGUCCCGGGAGGAAGAAGUCGUGGCUAGUAUCAUGGCGGAGAAAAGGAGCGCCAGCCUAGUUCCUCCGACCGCGCCCACUCCAAAGCUGCUCGAAUUUGCAGAGCCGUCCGAAGUGCGCUCCGUGCGCUGCCCGGAUACGCUCCCCCCUGCCAAAAUCGCCCGCCUGCUCUACACCAACGCGGGCACCUCCCUCCUCGCCCUGACCGUAACCGCGGUCCACAAAGUGUGGAAGUGGACUCGUAGCAACCUGGACCGGAAACUGGACCCUUCUUCUGCGUGGGUCCUAUGGCAGCCCUCAAACGGCAACAUGAUGACGAACGACACGAGCCCCGAGACGCGCCUCGAGACGACGAGCCACUGCAUCGCGCUGUCGAAGAACGACAGCUACGUCAUGUCGGCGUCGGGGGGGCGGGUGUCCCUGUACAAUCUGCUGACGUUCAAGGUGAUGACCAUGUUCAUGCCCCCCCCUCCCGCCGCCACCGUCCUGACCUUCCACCCGGACAACAACAACAUCAUCGCCAUCGGAAUGGACGACGCGUCUGUACAGAUUUACAACGUCCGAAACGACGAGGUCGAGACGAAGCUGUCCGGACACUCCAAGCCGAUCACGGGCCUCGCGUUCCUGUCGGGCGCGAAGCUGCUGGUGUCUGCAGGGGCGGAUGCGGAGGUGUGCGUUUGGAGCAUAACCAGCUGGUCAAAGCGGCGGUCCAAGACGUUGCCGCUCACGACUGGCGGCGAGACGCGCGUACAAGCGCACCAGGACCAGUCGCGCAUCCUGGUGACGCACGAAACGAUGCUCGGCAUCUAUGAUGUCGACAUGCUGGAUCUACUCACGAGGUGGAGCCCUAAGGACGCGGAGCACUUUUCGGACCCCAUCUCGGCAGCGGCCUACUCGUGCGACAGCGCCUUCGUCUUUGCCGGGUUCACCAACGGCGCGGUGGCCGUGUUUGACGCCAGCACCCUGACACCUGUCACCAGGAUAGCCCUUAGCGUCUACAGCCUCAGGCCGGUUUACCCGGUAGUCAUAGCCGGCCACCCGACAAAGUCCAACCAGUUCGCUUUAGGGUCAAGCGACGGGAGCGUGUAUGUAUUAGAACCUCUAGAAGGGGUCUCCGACUGGACUAAGAAGGAAACGGAGGAGACGGAAUCAAAGGCAGUUGUUUCUCAAGCAGAACAGGGGGAGCAAUCUAGGAAGCAUGAAGUAUCAUAGAGUAGAAGUCUGCCCUCUAGGCACUCAAAAUCAGGGUGAGCGUCUGAUCGGCUCUUCACUGUAAAGGAACCUGACGGUCAGGUUAAGUCAGUUGGAUACAUUCAUUCAGCAACUAGGGUCCAGACGCAUUGUCAGUCUCUACUGGUCGCCUCAUGGAGUAAGAUGGUGUUUAAG